AUGCUGGUGCAAGGUGGGAAGCUGUGCCCACACCGAGGGGUCCCCACCACCCCAGCGCCUGCAGCAGAGGCUAAGGUUGCCUAUGGGACCACAGAAAACAGCCCUGUCACCUUCAUGGGAUUCCCCAAUGACAGCAUCUCCAGAAAAACUGAGACGGUGGGAUGUGUCUUCCCCCACACAGAGGCAAAAAUUGAGGAUCCAGAAACAGGGCAGCCUGUGCCCCUGAACGCUCCCGGCGAGCUCCAGAUCCGCGGCUAUUGCGUCAUGUUGGGCUACUGGGAUGACCCUGCCAAGACAAAUGAAGUGGUCACUGCUGAGAAGUGGUACAAGACAGGGGACCUUGCCAGCCUGGAUGAGCAUGGCUACUGCAAAAUUAUAGGUCGCUGCAAGGACAUGAUUAUUCGGGGAGGAGAGAACAUCUACCCAGCAGAACUUGAGCAGUUUCUCCACACCCAUCCCAAGGUUGAGGAGGUCCAGGUGGUUGGCGUGAAGGAUUCUCGGAUGGGAGAAGAGAUUUGUGCCUGCAUCCGGGUGAAGGUUGGGCAGGACUGCACUGAGGACGAGAUCAAAGCUUUCUGCCAAGGGAAGAUCUCCCACUUCAAGAUCCCGCGGUACGUCGUGUUUGUGGGGCAGUACCCGCUCACCGUCUCCGGCAAGAUUCAGAAAUACAAGUUGAGGGAGCAGAUGGAGAAGCACCUUCAGCUCUGAGCUCGGGAAGGCAAAGCAAAAACCAGGAUGAACCGGCCCUGC